UUCAUUGAGUGUGGACGUAUCACGUGGUUUGAUUUUUUUUGUUUGGUUAUUCCUAUCAAAAUGAAUUUUACUUCAAAUCAAGAAAUAGAUACGUAUUUUGCUCAUAAUUUUUUCACUGAUUUGGUUGGUUACGUUGACAACAUUGAAAGCAUCGUAAAUAUUGGACCAAAUAAUAAAAAGCUUUAUCGAAUUAUCAUGAAUAAUGGUUCUAAUCGUCGCGUUCGAGUUUUGUUUUGGGAUGAUCACGCAUUAAUAUGGCAUUCUGAAAUCACCAUGAAUACUGUGAUUAAUAUUACUCAUGCAUAUGCGUCAUUGAUCAAUCAAGUUUAUGUAAAUCCAGCUAACGGAUUAGCACCAAUAGAGUUAAAAAUUACUGACAAAUCAAGAAUUAUAUUAGGUCCGAUUCACCCAAUGUGACUUCAAAAAGACUAUACAUAAAUAAUAACAAGAUAAUAAAUAAUAAGUCAGCUUAAAAUACUCAAUGAUGAUACUUAAUGAGAAUAAUGUCAAUUACUAAUGUAUAUUUACUUACUUUAUAAAACGAAUUUUUAUGUGUUUCAUUCAAAUCAUUGCAUGUUAUAAAAUAGAUAUUUCUCAAGAAAAAUGCAAUUUUAUAAAAUAAUUUAAAUUAAAUAUAAUUUUUUAUAUUAGAAAAAAAAUUGACAAUAAAGCAGAGUUCUUUACAUAAAAUGACAACAUACCAAAAAUCAUAUGUCGAUAAUAUAGUUGGCAUCAUAACAGCAAAUGUUAUUUCUGCAAAAAAAAGUAUCUUUGCUCCGUCCAGUGACAUACAUGUGAAUAAUUACUUUUUCAAAAACAGCAAUAAAUAUUACUAAUAUCAUUAACAA